AUGAUGAAAUAUACCAAGGAGAAUUUUAUUUUUUUAGUUGGUGGAAUUAUAAUUUAUGUAGUUGAUAUUGGAGUGGAUCUCUGGGUAGCCAGUAAAUAUUUCUAUCAGGGACAAUAUACUUGGGCUAUAUUGAUAAUCAGUUUUAGAUGUUUUUCAUCGCUAGUAACUCAGAUAUUCAGUUAUCAGUGGUUUAAAAAUGACUGUGAAGGUUCUGAUUCUGAGAAGCUCAAAUGGAUUUUUCUGGUUCACUUCUUUCACUGUGGAAUUUUUAUAAGGUAUUGGUUUGCUUUGAAGUAUGGCUGCCAAGCUGCAUUUAAACAAAAGAGAAGUGGAGAUGUAUCAGAAACAGACCAUCCCAACUUCAUUCAAAAACAAGCCAUUGAUGUAAUGACUGAUAUUAACAUGCUCAGGAUAUUCAAGACUUUUCUGGAGACCACACCACAGCUUUUUGUCCAGAUUUAUGUACUCAUGGAACACAACAACCGUAAUUUCUCUCAAUAUGCCGCCAUUAUUAUGUCUUUCUGUGGUAUCUCCUUUUCAACGGUUGAUUAUCAGAUAUCAUUACGAAAAUCUUUGCCUGAUAAAGACAGAUUUCAUGUACUUUCCAAGUUGGUGUAUCUCUUCUAUAAAUUGCUUACCAUCACUUCUUGGAUACUCAGUAUUUCACUGGUCACUCUACUAAGUGCUAGAAGUUCUGUAAUUCUGCUGAUACUUCUUUGGAGCUGUGGCUUUGCCUGGACUUUGAAACAACACACAACAUUUUGCAAGUCUAAGGAGAUGGAAUAUCUGUACAGAACUGUUGUUGGAAUCAUCCUACUUUUUACCUUUUUUAACAUAAAGGGGAGAAAAACAAAAGUUCCCAUUUCUAUUUAUUAUGCUACUCACACACUUGUAACUGUAGGCAUUUUGCUUGUAUAUUGGGUUUGGAAACCCUCUGUUGUCAAGGAAAUACAUUUUACAGUUGUGGGCAUCUUAACUAUUCUCAGUCUGGUGUUAGGUAUUAUUUUUCUUGUUGUUUAUUACAGGCUUUUUCAUCCCACUGUUUAUUGCAAACAACAGACACAUUUCGAUGAAGUUGAUGCAGAGGCAAGAGACAAUGUGGACGUUGGUAGAUUUCAGAAUUUCAUAAUGCAAUGA